UUUCUUUUUACCAGUUGCUACAGCGUUAAAUAUGUGUUACGCAACAUGUACAAUCCAUUCACAUUUCACUGGACUCCCCAAACAUCUCUCGUCGUUACGCGAAGGUUCAAACUCCGGGAAAGCUCUUGGUCGCCCAUCGGCCCGCCGGCGGAGAAAGCGCGAUGGCGGCGGUCCGUGUAGUCGGCGCCUCCGCGGACCCUCUCUCGUCUUCUUGGGCUUGGACGCGGUUUUGAGCGGGAAGAUGGAAGCCGCAGGCGACGACGAGCCGGAGCCCAUAAAGCUCAAGUCCAUCAAGAACAAUAAAACCUUCACGGUGCCUCAGAGUGACCGGUUCGGCAGCUGCAGGAGCGUUCGAGAGUUCGAGAAACUCAACCGCAUCGGAGAGGGAACCUACGGCAUCGUGUACCGAGCCCGGGACACCAAGUCGGAGGAGAUCGUGGCGCUGAAGAAGGUCCGGAUGGACAAAGAGAAAGACGGCGUCCCCAUCAGCAGCCUGCGGGAGAUCACGCUGCUGCUGAGGCUGAGACACCCCAACAUCGUGGAGCUGAAGGAGGUGGUCGUCGGCAGUCACCUGGAGAGCUUGUUCCUGGUGAUGAGCUACUGUGAGCAGGAUCUGGCCAGUCUGCUGGAGAACAUGCAGACGCCGUUCUCCGAGGCUCAGGUGAAGUGUAUCAUCCGCCAGCUGCUCCGAGGCCUGGAGUACCUCCACCACAACUUCAUCAUACACAGGGACCUGAAGGUGUCUAAUCUGCUGAUGACGGAUAACGGCUGCGUUAAGAUUGCUGACUUUGGCUUGGCCCGGAUGUACGGCAUCCCCCAGCAGCCCAUGACGCCCCGCGUGGUCACCCUGUGGUACAGAGCUCCAGAGAUUCUCCUCGGGACCAAGACCCAGACUACAGCUCUGGACAUGUGGGCCGUCGGCUGCAUCCUGGCGGAGCUGCUGGCUCACAAACCUCUGCUGCCGGGAACCUCCGAGAUCCAUCAGGUCGACCUGAUCGUUCAGCUGCUGGGGACGCCCAACCAAAACAUCUGGCCCGGUUUCUCUCAGCUGCCCCUCAUUGGUCAGUACAGCCUGAGGAAGCAGCCGUACAACAACCUGAAGAAUAAAUUCACGUGGCUGUCGGAGGCCGGACACCGACUGCUCAACCUGCUCUUCAUGUACAACCCACAGCGCAGAGCCACCGCCAAAGACAGCUUGGAGAGCUCCUACUUCAAAGAGAAACCCCUGCCCUGUGAACCGGACCUGAUGCCGACCUUCCCCCACCACCGCAACAAGCGGGCGGCUUCCUCGGCCGACAGCCACCCGAAGCGGGUCAAAGUGUGAUCGACGUUUUCUGGAAUGGACGAGGAUUUAUUCUGGAAUAUCCGGCUAGUUUGGACCUUUUUGAUUAGCAUCAAAAGGCGUCUGCAGCACCUGAUGUGCACCGAACGAACCGAACGUCGCCUUGACUAAUGGUCCUUUUGUGUCACAUUUCAGAUGUUGCAUCAGAAGCUUCUAUUCUGCGAUCGUUUUCUCUACUUUCAAAAAGGCACGAUGAGUUGAACCUGAACCUUCGGCGUUAUUUCCGUUUCUUUUGAGUCGUUUUAAGAUGCAGGCUUCUCUUUUUUUUUUUCUGCAGCCAUGUAGCACGCGAGUCACCGCCUUUUUCCUCUUGACCACCGCAGCCCGAACGCGCCGUCGCCUCUGACAGUCUUCAGCCCGUCACUCUGCUGCCGCCGCUGUGUUUUUGGGGCCGACUCUCAUUUCUUUGAACCCAUCAAGUCCCGUCGUAAACCGUCAGCCUUUGUUUUUUGCACCGUGACUAAAACACUCGGGGGGGCCAGUGAACAAUUCCUCUCCUCGUCCAGCUUUUCCCCUGAAGCACUGUAAAUGAACGCUGGUGAAACCAUCGAGACGUCCCGCAGGACGGCUUUAAAAUGAACUGAAGGGCCUCGAAAUAUGUUGACGUGAUUAACGUGUGAAACUGGUGCCUUUUUGUUCAUUUUAAACGUAGUUUAUUAAUGCAGGUUGAAUCCAGUAGUGACGGUUACACUGACCUCGCUAGGUAGCACACGUAUGCUAAGCUAGCACAUGAGUGACAGCCGACAGCAGAUUAAAAAAGGGGACUUUGCAGUCGUCUUACUUUAGCAUGUGGCGUAAUGUUGCAUCCCAAAAGGAAAAAUACUGCAGGUGUAAACACGGUCUCUCCGUUAGAAUCAGUCAAGUUGUAUAAAUAACGUAACACAAAAUGCUCAUCGAAAUACAUUUUAAAUAAAAGCAACAAGGGCCAACGUCAGUGUGGCUCACAGUCAAGACAAGUGCAUUGUGGGAAGGAUGACGUCACCGGAGCUCCCGUGAGAAGAUGGGAAGCCGCAAAGUGUUUCUCAACGUGCCGUUCAGCUUUCACACGAUCUCACGAUGCUCCACGACAGCCACCAAAUGAACCUGUGACGGGGUUUUUUUUCAAUAAAGUUUUGGGGAAAUCAA